GGCUCGGCUGCGGCCUGCAGGGGGCUCUGGGCCGGGCUCUGCCGCGGCCCCGGGACCUUCCGGGGCGCCCACCUGUUCCCCGGGCCCUGCGGCCGCCUCCAGCGGGCCGGGGGGUGUCCCGGGCUCCGGGGACACCGGCAGGGCUUGCCCGGUGGCUGCGGGGCUCUGGAGCGGCUCCAGCACCGAGCAGCCCCGGUCCUCGCUGUUAUCCGUUCCUGCAGCGCGCUAAUGAGCUUAUCUGCUCCUUCUGGGAUGUGCUGUAAGCACAGAAGUCGGUGUGUAUUUUACCUAUAAGUGGCCUUAAGGUUUAAGUGACGGUUAUCCAAAGUAUCCUUCGCUCCUUUUGAGGUAUUUUCAGCACAUUAAGGCAGUUCCCCGCUUAGGUGUUUCUUGCUGUGGGAGGACUGCGGAGCCCUCAGUCUGUCAGACUCGUGAAUCUUAGAUCAACAGCCACCGCAGCGGGAUGCCAAGGUGGGUUUGUGUGGACUCUGGGGCAGCUGGGGUGCGCCGGCUGAACGCGCCUGUGUGUUUUAUUCCAGGAGACUGGGGACCUGAAAAGGUACUUUGGUUCUAUUAAAGUCGUACCUGCUUCUGUCUGAACAAGUGUUUGUCUUGUAAUGGACCUGUGUCGGAGUCUUAAAGCAGCUAAUAUAGUUAUUGCCAUUUAGAACCGUUCUGGAGUGGCCUGUAUGUGACAUGAGAACUGAAGAAAAAUGGCCCUGACCUUGUCUCUUGUGCAGUAAUCCCCUGUGAGGUGCAUUUGUCACGAGCUGCAAUAUUACAUGUUCGAGUAACAGUAAUGAAUUAUAAUGGUAAUUGUGGGCUUUCAAAUGUCAAAGUUGUUUGAGUUUGCAGUCCUUACCGUGGAUCGUACUGAAAUGUCAGUUAGUACACUCCAUGAAUUUUGUUUGCUCCGAGUUCUUUUUUUGUGGCUGCAGAUUUUUCACUUUAGACUCAGUGUCAACCUACGUUAAUAAAAUUCUAACAGAGCGGUGGUUUAAGUUCCAAACUGUCGGUAGCACUGGUCGCCCUGCUCCUGGUGUUACUUGUGGCUGGGUGGAAUUAAGCAACAAGGGAAUAUAUUUUUGAGGUGGAUGCUUUUCCCUUCUCCGCACGUGCCCGUUGCGUCGUGCUGCAGCCGUGGUCGCCGUCUGGUUCUGGUGAGGGGACCAGAACCAACCGGGCAAAGGGAAGUCGGAGCAUCAGCCGGGAGCUCUGCGGAGCUUCCAGCCGGUCAGCAGCUCCAUAAGCUGAGCAGUAAUGUAUGUUAAAUUGGAAUUCUACAUACUUGAUACUUAUCCAGGGCAAUGAUUGGUGGCGGAAAAAUUGGCCCAUUGUUUAGAACCGCCUGUAGGCAGGGGGCUGUCUUCCAUUUUAACCUCUUCGAAGGAAAGCGGAGGUGCUGCAGUUGCGAUUCAUUGUCCAGGCCCUGAUCUCGGGCCGAGAGAUCCCUGGGAAGCGAUCGGUAAAAGCACCUGUCACGCCGUUUUCGUGAUGGGAAAGCAGAGGUUUGCACGUGCUUCAAGGGAGAUUCGGAAUUUAAUCGCGCUUGAGCAGCAGUGUAAAAGUACAAGAAGCUCUUCUGAUGUUUUCCUCCAGGAAGAAGCCGGUCGCUGGUACUCGUGGAAAACUCUGGCGACUUUCUUCUGGCUUUUAGGAUCUUCUAAAAGAAGUGGUUGCAUUCAAACUUAGGGUAUUCAUUAUUGUGGUCGACUUCCUUGUUUCCCGAGAAAGUCAAGCUUGGAGACGCGGGUCACUCAGGCUUUUCACUGUGAUUGUCCGUGUGUGUUCCUGGAGAGGACAGAGGGAGAAGCUGCACCGGUGCCGUGGGGCGUGCGAAGCCCAGUCCCGUUCUGAGGGGCUGCAGAGGGGAUGCGGUUCUUCAAUGAGCUGGUGCUCCGUCGUGGGUGUUCAUUCCAGCGUAGCUGGACAGCUCUUUGUGGUACACAGCAGUCUUGCUUAACUCUGAGGUCCUGCCUUAAAUGAAUACAAAAAGACAGAAGCAAAUUUCUCUACCGGUGUUGAGUUGAAGCACUUAAAAGAGUCUUUUCCCCAGCUUCCCCAAAACUCCUUGUUUUGAGAAGUCACCUGUGCUGGCCGCUCAUCCUUGUUUUAACUGCCACACCAGGCGCUGCCGACUCAGGAGCGAUGUCUAAUUGUACACAUGCGUGUAGCGCUUGAGACCUCUUCUAGUAAUUGCUGCAGAAUGUAUUUGUAGCUUCGUUUCACACACUUAGUUCAGGAUUUACACGGGUAACCUCUGUUUCAAAGGAGACCUAUAAGAACUAAGCUAUUUUUAAAAAAAAUUACAUCAUCUUGGAAGCCACCCGGGAUGUCUGGUGUUACAUCUUCAUUUCUUCAGCCUUUUCCCCUUGAAAAAACAUAUGGGGAAACUACUUGUGCUGUGCGACUUAAACACUAAGUGUCGACAUCCAUUUCCUUCCAGAGCUGGUGCCGUAGCGAGAAUGUACCAAAGCUCACGAGUUUCGUGGCGUCGCCCACAACGAUGGGCAGUGGGAUUUUCUUGGAAGAGCCGCGUAGGAUCGGUAGCGGGAGCGGAGCAUCCCAGCCCGUGUUGUGGCAGUUGCGCGGGGAGAGAUUCCCGGUUCUGGUAGAAGCGACGCUUUUCCCUUCGGGCUCGGUGUGCGCAGAAACUGCCUGUUCUCCGCGCCGAACACCUUCGCCUUGUUAAACCGCGCUCUGUGCUCUUGGGGAUUUUGUCACCUGAUGGCAGGAAUAAUGAGAUCAGUUCGGUUUUGCUCUGUGGGAGAGCCUGUCGUUUCCUACUGGCUGUUAGAAUUUGGCUUGCAAUUAAAUGGUUCCUCAUCCUGAAUACGUAGCAAUUGUUUCCCGAUUUUAAAUAUUAGACGAUAAUUCUUUGCCGUUAACGCCUCUCUGGGAUGCAAACCCAGCUCUGGUUUGGGUAGCAGCCCGUGAUCUGCUCACCGUGUGGUGGGAGCUGAUUGUGAAUCAGGCUGCUGCUCAUCUCGGUUUCCUUGCUGCUCAGAUCUUCAGGAGAGCUCCGGGGUCUGAAUUAUUAGUAAUAAAUGGGUCUGUGUGUUGUAACAUGUUAAACUGUGCCUUGGUCUGGCAUGAUCUUCCAGUUGACGCAUGAGUCGCGUCGUUGAAGGUGCUUCCGCGGCUGUUGUGUGCCUGUUGCUUUCCCCAAGUCCUACAAGCAAACCCCUCUGUCAUCAGUGAUGAAAACGCUUUCUAGACUUGAGUUGGAAAAGCGGGAGAGAAGGUACAAGGUGCUGCUGUGAUAGUGUCAAUAUGGAGAGUGGAGGAGGACGGUGAUUCCCGUCGGGAGGCCCUUGGGGACUUUGUUGCAUGCGGAGAAGUGUUACACGUGGCGUCAGUGGCCGGGGCUUUGGCUUUGGCUUCAUCCAUUUCUGUGUGGUCUUACGACUGUGAGGAAGCUGCAGAGAGGCUGGGACCUGUUGUACCUUCCCCGUUGGGGUUUAUUCUUACGGCUCCCCAUGUUCCAGGCAGUAUCACGUUUUGUGUGCGGUGAAACAUGGGGCUGGUUGUGGCCUUUCCUGAUGUUGGGUCUGAAGUGUUGUUAGCCCGUCAGUCCUGGCUUCCAGAUAAAGAUUUGGGCCAGUUGCACUAAGUCCCAUUGAAUUCUCUUUCUUUAUGAUUUUCAGUAACCUUAAAUGACGACGCCUGCUUUUCCUGAUGCUCUGACUGUGCUUCAGUUCACCCGGUAGCAGGUAUUGGUACAGUUGGUUUCGUGGCCUCACUUUGCAGUUGCCUGUAUAGUCCUGGCCGCUUUGUCGUUACCUUUUAAGGGUUAAAAACUCAUUGUUUUGUCGUUUGCACGGUACCCCGGCAGCAGUGAGACCGUUGUAAAGUCUGCGCCUGGCAAGACAGCACCUGGGCAAACACAAGCAAGAACUUGGGCCGAGGGGCUAAGCCGGGAACGGCAGAUUGCUUUGGCGCUGGGAAUUCCUUGAAACUCCCGCACGGUGCAGGGCAGGAGUCGUUCCUCUGAGCUGUAAUUGGGGUGUUUGUUUCGGCAGCAGUGACAAUUUCAAUAACACCCACCUCCUAUUCCUGCUCCACACACCCAGUUUGUGUGCCGGUGCAACUACGUGCAGGAUCGUGUAGGGAAUUGAACUGGGUUUAUAAAAUUAAAAAAAAAUUUCCUUAGGUAGUUUUUGACGUCGCUCAAUUACCUGAUAAGACUUCGGUGCGUUACAGAUGGCACUGGAGCAGGUGUGGCGGUAGAACUGGGUAGAAAAGUGUUUGAAUAAGUACAGAACCCGAAAAAUUAAGUGUAGUUUGCCUCCUCGCGCUUCCCUUGUGCCAUAGCAGGUUGGCCUGGGACCCGAGUGUCCCGAUACCGGACCCCCUGGAUUGAGAGCAGAGAUUUAGAGGUUUCAUCGGCGCUGUAGCUGAGGGGGGUCACUGACCCUCCGUGGAUGUGGCUGUGAAGCCGUUCACUGAAUGGAAAAACCAACCUUUUGUAGGUAGAAUAAACAUCAGGAAUAAUCUCUGACAGUCGCCACGAACCGCAGCAUGGAAAAGGCAGCUGGUGUGCAUCCUAAACCCAGCCCAAGGACCCCGUCUGUGCCUUAGAAAAUACGGAGCCCUUCAGCCUAGCCCGUGUUUCAGAGCUCUGGACGGAGGACAGAGGCUCGGGCCGGUCAUUUGUCAGGGUUGUGGAUGAUAAAUGGUGGGUGAGCCCGGGUUAGCAGUGCGGGAGGUGUGGGGUUUGGCUCGGCCGUGACACAGCAGCGUUGUCAUCCUGGCUCCUCUGGCUCCUGAUCAAAGUGUUUCCGGAGCAGCUGAGGCGUUUUGUGCCGGUACCCGCGAGGGCAGGGCCUGGGCCGGCUCCUGCACCCGGGAGCGGAGUUCUCGUGUUGAGGAGCCACAGAGUUUUCAGGAUAGGAAGAGGAAUUGAUUCUGCCUGCCGGGGAGAUGUGGUGUUAAUCAAGAAGUGCUUCUUUUCAGGCACAGUUACUCCAGUAUAUUAGAUUUGGAGUUAAAAUUAGCGUCAGUAUAGUUUUUUAUAAAUAAAAAUGUCUGUUUUGGCUGAUAACGCUUUACCGCUAUCGCGUCUCGCCCGUUCUGUGCGUGGUGAUAACUUCAAAUGAACUUUCUCCGGUCUGUGUAACACGGUGUGGUGCAGCCCCGCUGGCACGCUUGGGCCUUAAAGGAAUAUUUAAGGUAAAUAUCCAUAACAUGGUGGCAGUCCUGGAAGUGAUCUCCAGCCUGGAGAAAUAUCCCAUUACCAAAGAGGCACUUGAGGAAACGAGACUUGGGAGGCUUAUCAAUGAGGUGAGGAAGAAGACAUCCAAUGAGGAACUUGCCAAACGUGCCAAGAAAUUGUUGCGGAAUUGGCAAAAGUUGAUAGAACCUGUAACCCAGAGUGAACCGGUGCCAAGAGGGUUGCCGAAUCCACCGGGGUCAGCGAACGGUGGCGCUCACAACUGCAAACCAGAAGCGCAGCUUUCCGCUGUGGCUGCACCGAAGCCAAUCAGCGAAUUGAAAAGCAGGAAUGAUAUACAGAAACUAAACUCUCCGAAAACGGAGAAAUUGGGAAAUCGGAAAAGGAAAGGUGAACACCGGGACGGGCAUCAGGGCCCUCCUCCCCCUAAAGUCUCCAAAGCUAGUCAUGAAGUGUUACAGAACUCUUCGCCCCCUCCAACGAACGGGAUUGGAGGUAGUCCUGAGAAUUUUCCUAGUCCUGUAGAUGUAAAUGUACAUGCAGGGCCUGAGAGCAGCAGGACAGAACUCAGUGAAAACGAUAAACACAAUAAGAUCCCAGUAAACGCUGUAAAACCUCACACCAGUUCUCCAGGACUUGUAAAACCUUCAAGCACUUCCUCGCUAUUAAAGACUGCGGUGCUUCAGCAGCAUGAUAAAUCGGAAGAAACCACAGGACCGCACCAACCCAAGAGUCCUCGCUGUUCCUCGUUCAGCCCUAGAAGCGUCAGGCAUGACACUUUUGCUCGGCAGCAUACCACGUACUCACCAAAGGAUUCGAUGCCUAGUCCAUCUCAAAGGUCUCAGUUUUUAGAUACUGCACAGGUGCCGUCACCGCCACCAUCCUUGAUGCAACCAUCCACACCUCCCAUGCCAGCGAAAAGACUGGAGUUCCCUCAGCAAUCAGCCCCGGAGGUGCCGCAGCCCUGGCAGGAGCAGCAGGUACCUCCGGACAGCCAGCACAGGCACCCAGCGGGCACCCUGCAACCGCACACGGCUCCGGGCUGCAAAACCAGCUCCCACCCCAGCGAGUCUCUCACGCCGCACACGGGCCUUUCACAGGACGCUUCAAAAAUGGACAGUGAUGAUGCUGCUUCAGGUUCCGAUAGCAAAAAGAAGAAAAGGUACCGACCCAGAGACUAUACAGUCAACCUGGAUGGGCACGUGAUAGAAGGGGGUGUGAAACCUGUGAGGUUAAAAGAGAGAAAACUCACUUUUGAUCCCAUGACAGGACAGAUAAAACCUUUAACACAGAAAGAUCCUUUGCAGGUAGAAAUCCCUGCACUGGCUGAGCAGCACAGGACAGAAACGGAAAAGCAGGAGCAAAAACCCAACCUGCAAAGCCCUUUUGAACAAACGAACUGGAAAGAGUUGUCCAGAAAUGAAAUCAUUCAGUCAUAUUUAAACAGACAGAGUAGCUUGCUGUCCUCAUCAGGAGUACAGACUCCAGGAGCUCACUACUUCAUGUCUGAAUAUUUAAAGCAGGAGGAAAGCACUAGAAAAGAGGCUAGAAAGACUCACGUUCUAGCUCCUAACAGCAAACCUACAGACUUGCCUGGGGUCACGCGGGAGGUCACGAGCGAUGACCUCGACAGAAUACGUGAACACAACUGGCCAGGCGUGAACGGUUGUUACGACACACAGGGUAACUGGUAUGAUUGGACGCAGUGCAUAUCGUUAGAUCCACACGGGGAUGACGGUAGAUUGAACAUCCUGCCUUACGUCUGCCUAGACUGAGUCCAGUUUUGCUAAAAACAUACAGUACAAUACAAUACAAAGGCUUUUGACAUCUGCAGUUAGCAAAAAUGGCAGACACGAUGCCACUUAAAGAGGGAGAAAAACCUCUUGUCCUGGACAAACAGGCCCAACGAGCAGAGGGUGGGAGGGAGCUGGGGCUUGACAGCUCUUCCCUUUCGAUUCUCCUUUUGUGAAAUGCUGCUACCAGUUUACUAACAAUUGCAAAGGAAGGCAUACGAAGGUUGAUACAAUUGAGUUCAAAACUCUAGCGAGCCAGCUAUAAAAAAGUGUUAGUCCCCAAGAAGUGAAGAGGAUUUCCAGCACUUUCUGAAUGCCGGAAUCUUAUUACAGGCAGGUACAGAGAAAAUUGUGGAAGUUACCUUAACAAAAUAUGCAUCUAUUUAUUUGACUUGAUUUGGGUUUUUAUUUGGCAGUGAGGUAUUGGAGAGACAAUGUGCAAAACCUGUAGUUUCAUUUGUGUCACAUCUCUGAACAUGAUUGCGUUGGGUUGUUUUGACGCCACGUGGUACGGAGGUUGGGUUUAAAGAGCAGGAGUUGCACUGCGGGCUGGGCCACCGGCUGCAGCUCAGCGUUCCAUAGGCAUCGCAUCCUUUAGUCUGGUUUCAGUUUCAAUCCAGUCUCUGAGAAAUGCUGCAAAAACUAGAUGUUAAACGAUAUUUUUGAUCCCACCACCACCAGCCAAAUAUCUUUCCUCCUUUUCCCUUCCUGCAAACUUCUAGGAAAAGAAAAAAAAAAAGAAAAAAAAGAAAAAAAAAAAAAGAAAAAUCACCUUUUCUAGAGUCUAAAUGUAAUGAGGGUGCUACGAGUUUGUAACUGUACUGUGAGAGGGAAAAAGGACGCCUGUUUGUAUGCUGGAAAUAUACUUGUUACCAUUCCUUUAGAUAUUGUUUGCCUUAUGGAUAUCCAUCAUAAACGCAAUUUGCAAAAACAAAGAGCCUUAGUGAAUGUACAGUAACUAGACUUCUGUGUUCUCGGGACGCAGAAGGGAGCAACUUUGCUAUUUGGUCCUUUAAGUGGACACAUUGUGAUAUAAAUGUGGAAAUAAAAAAAAAAUUUGCACAAA